AAAAAUUGACGGAAGAGCAAGAGAGUGAAGAAAAAGAGAGAGCAUAACAGGCGUUGAAACUCAAGAAAGAAGAGGAGAGGAAAAAAAAAAAAAAGAAGUAAAAAUGUUACCAGCUUGUUCAACAACUGCUAAUCCACGAACUACAUUCUCUCACCUCAACUAUCGCAGAGAUCCUUCAUCUUCUCUCUUUCGCUCAUCACCUUCAUCGCUCUCCUUCAAUCCUCUUACCCUCAGGUACAUAAACCCCCUCACUCUCACACACUCCUUCCUCUCUCAUUAUGUUUCUCUUUCUGAUUUCAGAUCCUCCUUCACUCACCAUUACGGAAUCAGAACCUCCGUCAAAUCGGAAACCAGUAACAGACGAAGAACAAGCACAGGGUUUCGUGUCCUUUCCUAUAUUGCUCCUUCACCUUUUACUACUCCUAAUUUGCAAUGGAUCUCCGCUGUUUCUUCUCUAGUUUUAAUACUGGCAAAGGGCACCGCAGUACCGAAAUCAUUUAUUGUUCCAUUAUUUGCUUUGCAAGCACCUGCAGGUGUUGUUGCCUGGAUAAAAGGUAGAUAUGGCUUGUGGUCAGCAUUCUUGGCACUUCUAGUCCGCCUCUUCUUUUACAUUCCUGGUGAACUUGAGUUGCCAUUUAUAGCGUUACUCUUGGUGAUUGUAGCUCCUUAUGAGGCUUUGAGAUUAAGGGACACAAAAGAAGGUGCUGCAAUUUCUUUAUUGAUUGCGGUGUAUUUGGCUUUUCAGCAUUUCUCAAGAACAAGCUUGCAGAAAUCAUUUGACCAAGGUUCAAUUGUUGCCACCUUAGGGGUCAUCUGUAUCACUGUUUCAUCUUUGUUGCUUCUUAUAUGAGUUGGCUUUGAAAUGAUUUAUGCUAAUAGUAUAAUUUGUAAAUAAGAAUAAUACCUGUUAGAAUGGUGAUACUAUUAGGAUAUGUAUUAUGUAACAUGUUUGACACUCUAGUUGUUUACUUUUUACUUAAUAAUUUAAAUACUGAUGUUUGAAUCUGCAUUUAUAUUAGAAAUUUGUAUUUAGUACAUCA